CACAUUAUAUAUGUAGUUCUGUUUCCAGUACAGUAGAAUCCAGUUAUAACGACUCCGCUUAUAAAGUCCGUCCGGUUAUAGCGGUUAAAGUUCGAUGAGUGAUUGGUUUGUCCCAAUACAAAUUUAUAUGAAAGAGCUUCCGUUUAGUAUGUCUUCCGGAUAUAACGACGAAAAUCGUCGGUCCCUUGAGUGUCGUUAUAACCUGAUUCUACUGUAUAUGAACAUACAUACAUACAUACAUAUACAUAUGUAUGUUGUACAUUCUAAAGAUUUAAUCCUAAAAAGAACUGAGCAAAGCACUCUGCUACUUAUUUGUCUAUCUACUAUAACAAGCUUUACUUAAAAUUAGAAAUGAAUACGAAUUUGGUUUGUGAGGCACGGCCCAGUAUCAGAGUUAACUUUUAAGGUAUUCCUUGACCUAGUACUUUUUUCUUUUUCCAUAAAGUUAUUUCGGGCAUUUUGUAAAUUAAUCCUUUUUUUGACACAAACCCGCACGACCCAUAGUCAUUUCUUGUCGAUACCGUCUGGGGAAUAAUAAAAUAAUGGAAUUUGUUAGGCACAAUAUUAAAAGCUAUUUAAUCACCAAAGGCGAUGGCAAUUUAUGCUCCUGCAGCUUCAGAAUUCUACGAUACAGUCAACACAUAAGACCGCUGCGAUAAACGAAUGAAUCAAUUCAAAGUAAAUAUGUAUUCAUAGCAUUAGUAACAUUUCAAUAUGAAACUUUAGUUUAUAAAAAACGGUUGAACUCAACGCACUUAAGACAAGAGAAAAUUUAUUAGAGAAAUUCAAGUUCUGGAUCGAGAUUAUUGAAUUUACAUUAAAGGAUUAUAUGAUACAAACAUACAACAAUGCUUAUUAUUCACAGCAGAGUCCUAUCAGCUGUGAUAAUGCUCUUCAUCGCUGAUCCUGCUUUGUCUCAACUAAACUGUGAUUACUAUGAUACUGUUGACUUAACUGGCAUUCAGCCCUUUAAAAAUGGAUCCUAUCUAUACGAAAACAUCAUAAUACCCGCCGAUUUGAUCGCUGAAUAUGAUUAUAGAUUAACGGGAGAAAAUGAUGAAUCGACUUAUGUUCCCAAAUAUUUUCGGGGAUGUGCCUGUAGAUUAAAGCCCUGUGUGCGAUUCUGUUGCCAUCAUAAUCUGAUGUUUAUGAAUGGCGAAUGUAUUGGCGACACGGAUAAGGCAUUGGAAUAUGAUCCCUACUUGAAUAUAACCACGAGUGAUGGUUCGGUUGUGGAGAAACAUGUCCUCAACGAGUUUGUCGUCCAACGGCAUCUACCUUUGCCCUGUUCAGAGAUUGGAACUUAUCAUCUCGAUGAUCGCAUCGCGGGCUAUAGGUGGUCGCUGUUUGAAAAUGGAUCAUUCAAACGGACAGAAGAUGGACUCACUUUUGACAAGAGCGAAUACUGCUUGCAGCCAGUUGAGCUACCAGAUCGGGAAAUUCGUCUUGUUCCCCACAAUUGUCAAAUUCCUUCGCAAGAUAACAUUUAUCCAAAAAUAUUGGUUCCCAUUUCAUUGAUUUCCUUCCUAAUAACCAUCGCCGUUUACUUAUAUUUACCAAAAUUACGAAAUCUUCAUGGCAAAUGUUUUGUUUGCUAUUUGAUUAGCUUGUUCAUCGGUUAUUCACUGCUAUUCGUUGAUUUAUUCAAAGCGUGUAUAUAUUACUAUUAUUUGUGCUAUAUAACGGGUUAUUUGGGAUACUUUGGCAUGUUGGCCGCCUUCUUUUGGUUGACUGUCAUCAGCUUGGAUCUGUGGAAUUCGUUCCGUGGCACCAACUACAAUGUGAAUCGUUUAACAUCAGGAAAUCGCUUUCGCAUCUAUAAUUUAUAUGCCUGGGGCAUGCCUCUUGUAUUGACCAUUUUGAUUGCUAUUCUCGAUCAAGUAUUAUUGGACCCAAACUUAGAAGAUCUAACUUGGGUACCCGGAGUGUACUAUAAUGGAUGCUGGAUUAAGACUUUUGACUGGUCGGCUAUGGUGUAUUUUUAUGGACCAAUGUUGAUAUUGAUCGUAUUCAACACAACUUUAUUCAUACUAGUUGCUAUUCAGAUAUUCAAAGUCAAAAAGGAACUAAAUAACAUGGUGCAGCGUCAGGAGCGGAAGCAAAAACUGAACUCUGAUAAGCAGAAUUACAGUUUCUUCUUACGCUUGUUUAUUAUAAUGGGAGUUUCUUGGAGCUUAGAAAUAGUUUCAUAUUUGGUUUCAAAUGAUCGUCUGUGGAACGGAAUCCUCAAGAGUGCUGACUUUUUGCAUUAUUCCGAGGGAUUGAUCAUUUUAAUAUUCUUUGUAUUGAAGCGAAAUAUUUAUGAAGCUUGUCUUGCUCGAAUUCGGGGAAAUGAUUCACAUGGUACAACAUCGUCUCCAUCAAGUCGCAGUUUGUUGAAGAAGAAAUCAUCUACAACACUCAGGGAGUCAUCUGUGUGACAAGAAAAUCUCUUUAAAUUAUUUACGCGAUUCAUAACAUGUAUAAAUAAAUGUCACAUUUAUAUUUUUAGUUUAGUUAGGUUGUAUUUAGUGCUGGAUUAAGCCAGCAAUCUGAAAACCCAAAUAUAAGUUUUCGAGUGCAUAAUGCAAAUUAAACUAUCACUUUCCAAUGUUAAAGUUAGAACAUUAAUGUAAAUCGGUCAAAAAGCGAUUUGCAGAUAUAAUGUAUUUUUUUCCGAAUGUUUAAACUAAAUUUUUCAGUAAUUUAUCUUUUUUCCCAAACUGUACUUUCGCCAAUUUCUAUCGGAUUUUAAAAAGUUAUAUAUCAAUUCAAUCGAAAUUUUGGACAUUUGAAAAUGGUGUUAAACAUUUGGAAAUUUGCAAAAUGUAAUUUCAACCCAAAGUUCCAUUAUACUCCAAUUCGAAAUUAAAUUGAAAAGCAUUAAAGAGAGAUAUCUCUUUUGAAAAUCGACAAAAAUUUGGCAAAGUUACAAAUUCCUAAAGUUAAUAAAUAUCAGAAAAUGCUUUUGACUUUCA